AUGAACCUAAUUGUUGGCGUCGCAGGUCGCAUACUGGUCAGCAAGAACUAUGGUUUGAACUUACGACAAUUAAAGCAUACUCUUCCUGAUUUACCAUACGAUUAUGGAGCAUUGGAGCCGGUAUUAUCAGCUGAAAUUAUGAAAGUUCAUCAUGGCAAACAUCAUGUUGCAUAUGUGAAUGCUCUUAAUCAAGCCGAAGAGAAAGUAAAAGAAGCCUUAGCAAAAAGAGAUGUGCAAGCCGUUGUUGCUGCAACAAAAUUAAUGAAUUUCAAUGCUGGCGGUCACAUUAAUCACACAUUGUUCUGGGAAGGAUUAACUACCAUAAAGGAUAGCGGAGAACCAAACUCUGAACUGAUGUCUGCUAUAAAGAAAGAUUUCGGGUCUUUGGAAAUGAUGGAGGAUAAAUUAAGUGCUAAAACAAUUGCGAUCCAGGGUUCUGGAUGGGGAUGGCUUGCUUAUGACAAGGAAAUGAAGCGUUUACAACUUGCUUGUUGUCCCAACCAAGAUAUUCUCCAAUCAACAACGGGUCUCAUUCCAUUAUUUUGCAUCGACGUCUGGGAACAUGCAUAUUACCUGCAGUAUAAAAAUGUACGACCAGAUUUCGUGAAAGCUAUUUGGAAAAUUGCGAACUGGAAAGUAAUCAGUGAUCGCUAUGUUAAAGCUAAGGGAUAA